AUGUCAGGAUCCUUCUUGCCCAGUUGGGACCAGUCACUCUUGGUGUUUUUCUUGCUCCUCUACCGGAUUCAAGGCGUCUGCAGUAGGCCACCAAGGUUCAGAUUUGCUAAAGUAAAGGCUGGAGAGUUUAAAUCUUAUUAUACUGCAAAGACCAGAGUGGCAUAUGUUUGUCGCCCAGGUUAUGACACCAUCCCUGGAAUCAAUUCUGUUAUUACUUGCCUUGAGAAUUACACCUGGACAGUGCUACCAGUUUUUUGUAAAGGAAAAUCAUGUGGGGAUCCAGGAAAACCAGAAAAUGGUGAAGCUGUUAUUCUAACUGAUCUCUUGUAUUUGGCAAAAGUAAAUUUCAUCUGUGAGGAAGGGUACAGAUUAAUUGGAUUGUCUUCUAUCCAGUGUGUGCUGAAGGGAGAUGGAGUUGAAUGGCAAUCAAAACCUCCAGAAUGUCAACGGCCAACAGGGCCAACCAUAAGGCCAACCUCUAAGAAGAUCACCAUUAGUCCUAAAACUGGGCAAACAGGGCCAACUAUAAGGCCAACCUCUAAGAAGAGCACUACUAGUCCUGAAACUGGGUCUACCCAGAGUCCAGGUAGAACAGCUCCUAAAACAAAAUCAGGAACCAGGAAGACUACAGGAAUUGUUGUUGGAGUUGUGGUUGGCGUUAUACUUCUGGCUGCUGCAAUUGCUGUAUUUAUGAAAUGCAGAUCUUAUUACCGUCCCAAUGAAUACUGAACAUCUUCAUAUUCCUUUUAAAUUUCUUUGAAAUGAAAGAUUUGCCACUCCAACUGACUCAGUGCUUGGUAUGUUUUGAUGUCACGGUACCCCUUGAAUAACCUAUUCAAUGCAAUUUUAUAUAAUAAUAUUAUUUUAAGCAUAUAAUUAAAUAUUUACCUCUUGUCUAGAUUUUUCCUCUUCUCCCUCACUUCCUAUCCUAGAUUUCACAUGCAGAUCUAUCCCUUUCAGGACUCAAGAAGCCAUCACCACUAGUACCAUCAUCACCGUCAUUGUCAUCAUCAUUAUUUAUAUUCUGCCUCCCACUAUGAAAAAAAUUGGAGUCCACCAACCAUUGGAGUGUGACUUCUACAGCUGUUACACUUCUAAAAUUCCCAUGUUGAUGCAGAAACUCACAUAUGAUUUUGGAUCUAAAGAUGGGCUAUGGUGGAAAUGAAUUCAUUUUAAACACAGUUGGUU